UUUACGGCUGUGUUGGUAUUUUACGACCGCGGCCGGCCGCGUUGUGAGGGGGCCAUGGCUGCGGCCGAGCGGGACCCACACGGGAGAGGCGAGGAGGAGGAGGAGGAAGAAGAGGAAGAAAAGGAGGAGGAAGAGGAAGAAGAGGAGGAAGAGGAAGAAAUGGAGGGGGAAGAAGAGGAAGGAAAGGAGGAAGAAGAGGAAGGAAAGAAGGAAGAAGAGGAAGGAAAGGAGGAGGAAGAGGAGGAUCCCGCGGGCUCCCCCGCUGCCGAAGCCUCCUCGGACCCCCCUCCAAAGCCGGUGGUACCGGGGGUCCUUUAUUUGUCCUUCCUCCCCCCGGGCUUCGGGCCCCGCCAGGCCCGGGCGCUGCUGCGGCCGCACGGGGAGCUGGGCAGGGUCUUCCUGCAGCCCCACGGAGGCUCCGUGCGGCGGCGGCGGCAGCGCCCGGGGGGACCCCCGGCCGUGGCGUUCGCCGAGGGCUGGGUGGAAUUCCGGGACAAGCGAGCGGCCAAACGCGCGGCCAAACUCCUGCACGGGGCCCCCAUGGCCCCCCGGCCCCGCAGCCCCUUCCGCCAUCACUACUGGAGCAUCAAGUACCUGCCCGGCUUCCGGUGGCCUCACCUGAGCGAGCGGCUGAGCUACGAGCGCCAGGUGAGGGCGCAGCGCCUGCGGGCCGAGGUGGCCCAGGCCAAGCGGGAGGGGGGGUUCUACGCCCGCCACGCCUCCAAGGAGCCCCCCAAAACCUCGGGAGACUCCGCAGCCCCUCCCCGGACCUGGGGCUUCACCCAGAGACAGACAGAAGAGGAGAUUUGGAGGCGCAAAGCUCGGCCCCCCCCGGCCGCUCCCCCCCAGAGCCUGCUGGAGAAGGUGUUUGGGACAGGCCCGUGAGACCCUCCCUCAAAUUUGGGGGGGCUCCAGGUGUGUGGACCGCCAGGCCCCCCUCCGGACACCGAUUCCUGUCUCAAGGACCACCAGAUGUUUUAUUUUUCUCCUUAAAGCUUUUAUUACUUUUAACAAAAAUAAUUCCUUGCGUUCUCUUUAAAUUCUGCCGAGGGGGCGGGGCUAAGGGGAGGGGGCGGGGUUAUGGCUUCGGCGCGCGAAACUCCCUGAAGGCAGCGCAAGGGGCGGGGGUGGGAGUGGCUAAAGCAGUUCAGGCCACGCCCAUUUUACCAUAAAGGGACGUGGCCUGAGGAAGCAACAGCAGGUGAAAGGUGCGUGUAGGCGGGGCCUGAACAAAGGGGCGGGGCUGGAUAAAGCCACGCCCCUCCCCGCGCCUUAAACAGGUCAUUUAAA